CAGGGUGUAACAGAAUAUAUAUGGAGAGGAAAGCAGUGUCAUGACACAAACAGAGAGAAGUCCAAGGUGUCCUGAGCGAGCAUCUCUGUGUGAGUAUUCCAGCGUGUAGUGCCUCUGAAGCCACCAUGAGGGCGCUGUUACUCCCUGUGCUGUUGUUGUGGGCAUUCUGCACCAUGGCCCAGGCGCAGGGCGAGGCCACUGCCAUCAAGCUGUGUGGCCGCGAGUUUAUCCGUGCCGUCGUUUACACCUGCGGGGGCUCCCGGUGGAAGAGAGUGCUCGAGGAGCGGGAACUGAAAGGUGUUGGCCUGAAGGAUGGAGGCAGCCUGGUACCAUUUGGUGACAGCCCACCAGUGGAACAGGUGCGGAGAGACCUGAACCAGAUGCUGACCACAGUGUGCUGCCAGGUCGGGUGCCGAAAGAGCGACCUCACUUUCCUGUGCUGAAGACAGGCGGGGUGGACAGGGGCUGCCCACCCCCAAAACAGACUCUCUCUCAAUCACUGCUCUUGCAAGAAAUCAUUAUCACAUUACUGUCAUAACAGGACUACAAAAAUGGCACAAAUUUGUGAUUUGUGGAAAACAAAUCCCAGUUUUUA